GGAAGCCUAAUCUUUCAUUGCGGACAUGACACUGACGAUUUGCAUUAGCUAGAAAAAUAAUGGCCUCAUCUUAGUAAAGUACCGCUAUGUCGUUUGUAUUGAACACUGAGGAAGUCGGCUUACCUGCUCAUGUAAGCUCUUAGCUUGAUAAAUCUGUCCGUCACUGAACACGACGCCUCUCCGGGCAGCUGGCUAGAUCACUGACGUCAACGUUGGACGAGCACAGCAGCGAGCGAUGACGGCCAGGAGAGCCGGCCGAUACCCUCGGACAUGUCCGGUUCUUGUCGCCAUCUUUCUGCUGGUUUUGAGUGUGCAGCUGGUGAGAACAGCUCCUGAAUAUGAUCCCUACAAAAUCCUGGGUGUCAGCAGGAGUGCGAGUCAAACAGAAAUCAAAAGGGCAUACAAGAACCUGGCCAAAGAAUGGCAUCCAGACAAGAACAAGGACCCUAAAGCUGAGGACAUGUUCAUCAAGGUUUCUAAGUCAUAUGAGAUUCUUUCCAAUGAGGAGCGGAGGUCUAACUUUGACCGCUACGGGCAGAUGGAUGAAAACCAGCCCUUUGGCCAGUCGCAGCAUCACGGUUUCCGAGGCUUCCACAACAGCUUCUACUUUGACGAGUCUUUUUUCCACUUUCCCAGGUCCAGGGACUUUGCAGAUAGCAAAUACCUGCUUCACCACGCACAGUUCAACAGUGAUGUCCUCCCAGACAGCCACAAGAGGCCGUAUCUAAUUAAAGUGACCUCUGAAUGGUGCUUUGCAUGCAUCCAUAUUGAGCCUGUGUGGAAGGAGACAGUGCAGGAACUGGAGCCACUAGGUGUUGGCAUUGGCAUUGUGGACCUGGGUAUUGAGCGUCGCCUGGCCAACCAGCUGGGAGCUCACCGCGCUCCCUCUAUCAUCGGGCUGGUGAACGGCAGGGUGACUUUCUUCCAUCAGGCUGUGGUACGGGAGCACCUGCGACAGUUUAUUGAAGACCUGCUGCCCCAGAAACUGGUGGAAAAGAUCACAGAUGACAACUACCUGACUUUUCUGGAUAGCUGGCAAGUGGAAAAUAAGCCCACCGUUCUCUUGUUUGACCAAGUCCCUAUUAUUCCGCUACUCUACAAAUUAACAGCGUUUGCCUUCAGAGACUAUGUGCGCUUUGGCUACGUGGACCAGGGUGACACACACAAUACUCGGCUACUGCGGCAGUUCAACAUAAACACAUACGCCCCCACCAUGUUGCUGUUCAAGGAGGACACAGAGAAGCCUGUUGACAUCAUCCAGGCCAGAGGAAUGAAGCGACAGAUCAUGGAUGAGUUUGUCUCCAACAACAAGUUCCUGAAGGUGCCACGGCUGAUCAACCAGCAGCUUUUUGAUGAGCUUUGUCCUGUCAAGCAGUUCCACCGACGGAGGAAGUACUGUGUGCUGCUGAUCACAGGGGACGAACAAGCCUUUAUCCCAGGCAAUAAGGCCUUCCUGGACUUUGCGUCAGCUAACGAAAAAGACGUGCUACGAUUUGCUUAUGUCUACCAGCGUCAGCAGCAGCCUCUCUGUCAGGCCCUGCUGCAUAAUCAAGCUGCACACUCACCACAGGUGGUGAUUCUUGAGAGGCGGAGCCAGGCUGGUAAGGUCCUGUACCGCUCUGUGAGCGGUGGCUGGAACGGCAGUGAAGAAGAUAAGUACAGGCUUCACGAACAGCUGGAGCUCCUUCAGAAAGACCCCACCUACCUGACCUCAGACGCCACUCUGCCAGAACUCAACAACGAGAUGGCCCCCAUGUUUAUUAUUCAGUGGAUGAAUGCUGCCUAUGAUUACAUCCUUCAAAUAUACGAUGACCUUCUCUACUCAAACUGGCGAGAGAUGAUGCCCAUCCUGUCGCUGAUCUUCUCAGCUCUCUUCAUUCUUUUUGGCACCGUUAUCAUUCAGGCCUUCAGUGAGCCAGGUGAGAGCAAACCCCGGAAACCAAAGCAAAAGGAGCAACCGCAAGCUGAGGACGAUGCUUCAAAUAGAGCUGGUACCUCGAGCCGUGCUCCUAAGAAGGACUUUGUGGAAGUGACAGAGCUGACAGACGUCACAUACAUCAGCAACCUGGUCAAGUUGAGGCCCGGCCACAUCAAUGUUGUCCUUGUGCUAACCAAUGCAUCCAAGACUGUCUUGCUCAGGAAAUAUGCAAAGGAGGUUUUUUCUUUUUCUGGGACUCAGACCCUCCACUUUUCCUUCCUAAAUGCCGAUAAGCACCGCCACUGGAUGCCGUCACUCCUUCGCUCCACUCCUGAUGCUAUGCAGGGCCACUCAGACGAGGACGAGGAGUCUUCAGACUACACCGGUCACGUCCUGGCCCUCAAUGGCCACAAAAAAUACUUUUGCCUCUUCAGACCCGUCUUCACAGGGGACGAUCCCAAUGACUCUUCAUCCGAAACCUCAUUCUCCUCCGACAGCAGGAGAAAGUCCAGGUCCAGAUCCAGAUCCAGCUCCCACUCCCGAUCCAGGUCCCAUUCCAGGGAUGAUGGGGCUGUACCCAAGAGAGGCUCCAGUAGGGCAACUACCAUAGAACUCCACCACAAGCUUGACAGGCUGGGACUGUGGAUGGAGAGGCUUAUGGAGGGCACCCUGCCCAGAUUACAGGUCCCUGCAUGGCCUUCUCUUGAUGAAACCACCUCCACGGAGAGCUGAGGUCAGAGUAAGAAAGGUACGAACGGUGGCAGAUACACUAUGUGGUCUUGCCUGCUGAUUAAGUUCUCGAUAAAAGAAAAACGCAGAACAAUGUUGCAGUUUUCAAAUUAUUAUUUAAGGUGUCUUUCACACAGGUGGGUUGCCGCAUUGAAUUGCUGCAGCCUGUUUGCAGAAUGUCCUGUUUUAUCUGAUAGUACGGUGCAGGUGAAAAUCGAAGGUUUAGAGUCGUUUGCUACCACAAACCUUUUUAAUAUAUGCAUCUUGAGGCAAAAUCUGAACUGUGAGGUGUCACUUCAUGUCUUCUGUACAGAGAAAAAAGGAGAGAAUCUAUCAGAAACCAUCAAAAGCAGAUGGUCUUAAAAAUGCCAGAGUCUGAGCUGUAACACAUACAUACACAGUCAGUCAGGCUUCACACACACAGGCGGUGUGUCUGAUUAGCUACAUACAGCAUCUUGCAUGCAAAGCGAAUUUUCAUAUCGGUUUAUUUGCUCACGAGUGUUUCUGCUGUCCCUGUUUAGUACCCACAUACAGCCAAUAAGCAUCUUGAUACUGAUGUGAGCUGUAGCUGUGUGUGGAGUGUGUCCAUGUAUGUGUGUGUACACGAACCCUUUGUGUUCUUUUCCUCUUCUUUUGUCUCUGUGCAUUAUGUGAAUUCGGACAGCAGUUUCCUUUGCUCUACUCGCUCUGAGUCCUUUGAACCACCGAGAGCCUCUAAAAUUUGCUUUGUACCUGAACACAUCUUUACAAUUGACAAUUGUGGGAGCGGGAGAAUUCUGGUGUAUACGAUCAGAUCUCCACAUCGGUUAAUACCGAGAAACCAAGCCUGUUGCACUGAAUAUUAUAUAUAUGUUUUUUUUUUACUUUCAGGAGUCUGCAGUUGAAUUUAAAUAUUGACCUUGGUUUGCUAUGAGAGGCGACCUUAAUUCACAGACAUAAACACAGAGAGAAUCUCAAAGCAUUGUAAACAGCAAUAAUCACUUUAGUCACACAACACUAGCUCCAUUUCAGUAUGUUUUUAAAAAAUGGAUGCUGAUUCAGAAAGAUUGUUUCUGCUCAGACUGAGCUGCCAUGUCUUGCUGCUGUUUAGUUGAGGGAUUUUACAUUGAGUACUGUACUGGCCAAGUUUAAUAUCAUUUUGGGUAAGAGGUAACGAAAAUGUUGAGAUUUGCUUUUGUUUGUCUGAUUUUGCUCGUGUUUUCUAAGUUCUUGUCUGAAUCAGGGAGAAACAAUAAAUCCUACUACAUAUAUAUAGACUUUAAGCCUGUGCCCUUAAACCACUGUAAAUUUGAAUGCAUGGAAUUAAGUAGAUCUAAAAACACUCAACAUAAUUAGUGAAUUUGCACUGGCGACUAAAUGUGUCACCACCUCCAUCUCCUCCUUUAUAAUCUCUAAUGGAAUCUGUUGCUGCUCAACGAAUAACAACUGCGGUACACUGUAACUUGUAACUCAUUAUUUUUCUUGUAUGUCCUCUGAACUUGAUUUAUGUCAAUAUCCAGCUGUGAAAAAUGAAGUGUAACUUAUUAAAAAGAAAAUCCUUUUAAA